CGGCUGCUCCCUGAAAUGGGCCACCAAGGCGGAUUAUUGCCAUCGCUAAUCUGCAUUCGCCCUCCUCCCGGUCCUCCCCUGCUCCUCCCUUCUCCAAAUCGCGGCUGCCCCGGUGCGCGGAGCCGGCCAGCCUGGAACGGCAGCGCCGGGAGAGCCACCGAGCCGGGGCUGCCGGAGAUGUCGCUGGAAGAUGGGGACCCGGCGAGGCCGAGGGGACAGCAGGUCAACGGGGAGGUCAGCGGUGUCCCCCGGCUCAGGGGGAUGGGCACGGCAGCACCCGGUGGCAGCAGGACAGAGGCGAUGGCAGAGAGCUGGGAACCGGGGACAGCACCGGGUGACGGGGACGUGACCCCCGCGGGAGCCUCGCAGCGGGCAGGGCAGCCCGAGGAAGCGCUGAUGAGAGAGCUGUCGGAGCUGGUGCAGAAGGUGGUGAAGAGCAGCAGCUGGUGGGAGCGGCACGGCGUGGACAUCAGCAUCCUUGCCUGCAGCUUCCUUCUGCUCCCGGCAGGGUUCCUGUGCCUGCGGUCAGCCCAGGCCAUCCCUUUCCUGGCCGGUGUCCUCACCCUCGGCGUGGUSCAUCACACCCUGACUGUCAAGGGCAGCCACCUGGCCAGCCACAAUGCCUUGACCGAGUCUAAAUCCUGGAGCAAAGUGUGGGCCAUCUUCUUCAUCGAGCUCUGCUCAGCUUUCACAGUGGAGCAGGCCACCUACAACCACGUGAAGAUCCACCAYGGCUACACCAACGUCAUCGGCCUGGGGGACUCCAGCACCUGGAAAUUGCCUUUCCUGAACCGCUACGUCUACAUGUUCAUCGCCCCACUCGCAGUGCCCAUCCUGACCCCUCUGGUGGCACUUGAUUUACUGAGGAAUGUGGAGUGGAAAGCAGCUCUCCGGACCCUGUGCUGCAUGUUCCUGGGGUUUUACUGCCAUUACUGGCUCCUGCUCCACGUCUCGGGGUUCCAGUCACCAUGGUCUGCUCUGCUCUGCAUGCUGCUCACCCGCUCGCUCCUGGCCCACCCCUACAUCCACGUCAACAUAUUCCAGCACAUCGGGCUCCCCAUGUUCGCCGCCGACCGCAAACCCAAGCGGAUCCACCUCAUGAGCAUGGGCGUGCUGAACCUGCCCCGCAACGCCCUCCUCGACUGGUCCUUCGGCCACUCGCUCAUCAGCUGCCACGUGGAGCAUCACCUCUUCCCCAGCCUCUCUGACAACAUGUGCCUGAAGAUCAAACCCAUCGUCUCCCAGUACCUGAAGCAGAAGAAGCUGCCCUACAACGAGGACACCUACAGCUCCAGGCUGCAGCUCUUCCUGCAGAGAUACGAGGAGCUGAUGGUGCACGCUCCCCCCAUCACGGAGCUGGUGGGMAUCCAGUGAGGACAGCGGGGGCUGCAGCACUCGGGGGGUGUUUUGUUUCCUGCAGGGGAUGCUUUCAGCAGGACCAACACCUCCGUGGAGCCGUGGAGUAGGAAACAUCCCUCCCUGACGUCUUGCUUUUGGCUAGAAAACGGUGCACRGAGCCACUGCAGGGGGAGAGCCAGGUGGUGCAACACUGGGGACAGAAAAACUGGGGUCCCCCCACAGUUAUUCCCAGCCAGGGCUUAGUUUAACCACUCUGCUUUCACGCUUGGGGAGAGGAAAUCCCACUGUCCGUGGGGGAUGUGGCACCACGCUGGGAUAUCCAGAACUGAGAAGCACCAGGAUGUGUGGGAUGGAGGUGCAGAUGCGUGGUUGGGGUCUCAGGGAAGGGCUGGAUGGUGGGGAGGGGGUUGUGUCACUGCUACUUGUGCUUUGCCUGACUUUGGGCUAAAUCAGUCCCUCCUAGGAACAAAGAUUUGGCAAAUUCAGCCUUAACACUUUGGGGUGAAUUUUCUUUAUUGCUGGAGGAGGAUUUGCUGGURUC